AUGGCGCUACUGGUCCAGCAGAAGCGCUGCACAGCGCGUUCCAAGAUGGCAUCUUCCAUGGAAUCCGCACGCCGUCGUCCUCGUGCACCGUACCUGACUGACGAAGAAAUUCAGGCCCUACUGCAAGAAAGUGACGCUGAUCUUACAGACUCAGAGGACACCGAUGCUGUUGCCAAUGGUGUGGACGGCCGUGGUGAUACAGAACCUGAGAGUGAUGAUAGUGACGACAGCCAAGACGAUCAAAGUGACCAAAGGCCACCAGCAAUGACUCCGCCAAGGUGGAGGAGCAAAGCAUUUUCCGGCAUUACCAUCAGAGAAGAGGAGGAAAUACCAAGCAGCCAGGCGCGCCAGGAGCCAGACACACCAUUGAAAUAUUUUCUUAGAUACUUUCAAGAGGACUUCUGGGAGGAAUUAGCAUACCAGACAAAUCUAUAUUCCGUUCAGGAAAAGGGGGGGAGGUUAAUUCAAACGGAUUCAAGAGAGUUGAAGAUGUUUGUUGGUAUCCACAUUGCCAUGGGUGUACUGAAGCUCCCAAGAGUUCGGCUCUACUGGUCCCAAGCGCUAGGUGUUGAUCUAAUUGCACAAGCAAUGUCAAGAAACAGGUUCUUUGAACUGAGAAGCAACAUUCACUUUGUUGACAAGGUGUCGGUAACCACAAAACAAAAGGAAGAAAACAGGCUCUUUCUAGUAGAGCCUAUUGUGAACUCGUUCAGAAAUGCUUGCUUGGAGCUGCCCCGAUCUCGUGAACUAUCAAUCGAUGAGCAGAUGAUUCCGUUCUCGGGGAGAUGUCCCGUGCGGCAGUGUGUGCCUUCCAAGCCAAAUCCUGUCGGCCUUAAAAAUUUUAUAAUGGCAUCUCCGGAUGGCUUGGUUCUGGACUUUGCCAUCUAUGUUGGCAAGGGCACAGUGUCUGAUGAUGACAUGCGAGAGUUCGGACCUGGGGGAAGCGUCGUCAAGAAGCUUCUGGAAACACUAAGGAGGGACCGAGAGACUUUCGUGUUCACUGACAUGUAUUUCACGGGCCUGAAGAUAGCUGAGCACCUCAUUGAAAAAAAAUGUUUUUAUGACCGGCACAGUGAUGGCCAACCGUACUCGUGGCAUUGCAGGGACAAUGCCGCCUGA